CAGAUAUUAGCUGAAUUAAAUAAAUUACAAUUUUCGUCCUAAAUAAUAUUAAUAAAGGUGUUCUAAAUUUGCGGCCUUCAUAUAUAGCGCGAUAAGUCGUGUGCAAUUUGAGUUGAUAUUUCACAGCAAUGACAACUCUGUGAAAAUAGCGCGAAAAUUUUGUCUGCUCUGCGGAAAAAACAAAGUGAAAUUUCAUCUAAAUAUGAGUAGCCGUAAACACAGGGGACACGAAAAUAUGGAAAAUCUGUGCCCCGUCACCAGAAAACGCUCAACAAGUAAAAGCCUCGCCGUAGCUGCGGGCGCUCUCCUUUCCGCCACAAAAACGUCUCAUUACGAACAUACUUCUUCGCCAUCGGCACUAACCUACGAGGCCCUAGAAGAGAUGGGUGUUGGAAUGUUGGACUCCGAGGAGAGCAGCUCAUCAGCCAUGUCGGCCAUUGCUCUGGUCGUGAGUACGAGUGCAACAAGCGAUGACAAUUCCAACGAGACUACGCCUCAUGCCAAUGUGGCUCGUAUGUCGCAUCAGCAGCCCCAACGGCUGAGUCUUAGCUCCACAGCCGACACAACGCUGGACAGCAGCGGGAGCAACACGACCAUCAUCGACGAUGUGCAGCAGAAGCUUCAAGCUCUGGCCCAAGCCAAGCGCUCGGCUCUGGGUUCUGAGUGCAGCAGCAACUCGAACUCCCCCAGCAAACGCACGCGAAAUCCACUAGUAGCAGUUUCCUGUAACAAUCAGUGCGAUACUGCAGCUCCGCUUAAUAUGCAGCCCUCCACCAGCAGGCAGGCUCUCCGUCAGCCCAAGAAGCCAACCGCAGCGCCUACGCCCCACUUGGCCAACAGUCUGGUGGGAAAAGACAGUUUCUUCGUGUAUCGAACGGCCCCAAUGAGUGCCCACAUCAGCAGUGGGAUAAACUACUUCGACAAGUUGUCAGAUGAAAUUUUACUGGAUAUUUUUAGAUGGCUGCCAAAAAAAACACUCUUGCGGAUGGCGACCGUGAGUCGACGUUUCAACCAAUGUUCCCGUGAUGAAACUCUUUGGACACGACUGGAUCUCGGCUUACGCACGCUUUGUCCAGCUGCCCUCGAACAGGUUGUGCGCCGAGGCGUCUUGGUGCUGCGUCUGGCCCAGGCUAAUAUACAAGAGCCCGCUUUCACACCAUUGGCCUCCGACUUCAAGUGCCGCUUGCAAUAUCUGGACUUGAGCAUGACUUCCAUUAGCCGAAUGUCAUUGCGCACCCUUAUAUCCCAAUGCCGCCAGCUAAAAAAACUAAGUCUGGAGAAUGCAGAGCUAAAUGAUGAAAUUUGCGCUGAGAUUGCAAAAAACAAAUCCCUGGAGGCACUGAAUCUAACCAUGGCCAGCGGGCUAACCGCCAGGAGUGUGCGACUGAUGAUGGAAUCCCUCACAAAUCUAAACAGCUUAAACAUUGCAUGGACAGAUUUGAGUGCCGAUGCUGUCACAGCCUUGGUCACACACAUUUCAUCCAAUGUCAUUCGCCUCAAUGUGGCUGGCUGUCGACGCGUACUGUUUGAUUCCCAUGUAAAAUCGUUGCAGACCCGUUGCCCCCAGCUUCUAGAGCUCGAUCUGUCGGACUGCAACAGCCUGACGCCAGCGGCCAUUGAGGCAAUAAUGCAGUUCCAAAUGCUGGAGUAUUUGUCCGUUUCUCGUUGUUACCUUAUUCCUGCGGCCAGCUUUAUUGAACUGAAGGAUAUGUCCUCUCUCACGUAUCUGGACAUUUUUGGAAUGCUGUCGGACGCCGCAAUGGAGGCGCUUGAACAGCAGAUGCCUAAAAUGGGGAUCAACAAGUUUAUUCACAGUUCAGUUUCUCGACCGACAGUAGGAUCGCGUCGUACCUCGGUUUGGGGGCUACGCACGAGGGACUAAAUAACCCGUGUAUCCUCUACCCAACCCAAUACUAAUUAAUUUGUAGUCAGUUCGUCUGCUAUCUGCAUAUGCUAUCGCCUAGCGCAUUUGUUUUAUUCUCAAUUCAAUGAAAUUAAUUUAAAAACUCGUGAUUUCACUCGUCCACUUCGCUGAUUGGAGAAACAGGAGUCUCCCAUUCCCAUUCGUCCCAGCUGACACAGUUCUUGAGACUAUCCACAAAGCCCAUUUCGUCGGGGCACUUCAUUUCGCUGGCUGGUUCGUUAAGUUCAUCGCAUUUCCAGUAGGACGUAGCAUCCCAGUUGUUGCGGAAAACUGCUAUUUCGAGUUCCGUUUGAGUCUUGCAGCCAGGCUGACCGUUGCCAUUGUAGGCAUCGACAACGCAGCAGGCAAUCACGAGCAGAGAGCAGACGGUGACCUGAAGCUUCAUUUUAAGAUAAACUGAUGGCGGAUGUGGGAACUGAAAUGCCUUUUAUAGUUGCCUUGGUGCAGUCAUAUGCCACGUGAAGUGCACCCACUACUACCAGAAAAUGCUUUCACAAAUUGGCAGAAAAGCAAACAAUCACAACAAAAUGUAGAACUGAUAAUUUUUAUUUUCCCCGCAAGCUCAAACAUAAAGACCAUGAAAUAUUACUGCAAGUCCAAGAUAGUUCGAAUGAGUCAUGCAGUUGAAGUUCUCUUCGAUUUCGAAAUAUUGAAUUGGAAAUAUUGAGUAAAUUAAUGUAUAAUUAACAAUAGUUAGUAGUGAUAAUUAUCAACCUAACAGAAAGUAAACAUUUGUUCGUAUUUUAAAAUAUCGGAAUUGAAUCGGACAUAUCAUGUAAUACCAUUAAAGAUAGAUUGAAGUAUUGUACUCAUGUGAAUCAGGCUUCAGGCAGUCUUUCCUACCACAUUUGUACACUCUUUUUGUCAAUUAUCUUCGACACUAUAAAUAAUCUUAAGAAUCUUAAUGAGAUCAGAAAGGUACGAGCAUGAAGGAAGCUCCAUUUUCUUUCUUGUUUGUUUAUAAUUGGUUAUUUUGAAUCGAUCUGCUAGUGAGAUGGGAUGAGGUGUUGAUUUGAUUGGUUUCGGCCCCAGGCACCCAGUCCAAAUACAGCUCGCCAAUCUGCCAUCUCCCAGUGUCUCGAUACUCCUGUCACCCCUGAAAUGUCUCGAAACCGUUCCCGUGCCUGGAAAAUAUACAAAAAUACAUAUUAAAACAGCUCCGGCUCAUUUGUUCAAACUUACAAUUCAAUCAUCCAUUUGCUACAUAUGGUGCGAUAAGGAUAUGGAGAAAUAUCCCUUUUUUCCUUGAGUACUUCAAAUUUAUAAACCGCGCCAUAUGUAUAUCUUACCACCUCGGCUGUUCCUUUCUAACACCACGAGGUUCCAGAAUAUUCGAGACAUGCGACAUCAAAUUGGAUACAAGAUAUAUAAAAAGACAUAAAUCAAUAAAUAAAUACUAUCUACCGAUCCACCAUAGAUUGAGAU